AUGGCUUCCCCAGCAUCCAGUUCCGGCGAAGGGCAAAAGAAGAACAUGGAGCAAAUCACCUUCCGAUUCUGCAGCGAAUGUUCAAACAUGCUGUACCCUAAAGAAGAUCCCGACACGCACCGCCUUCAGUUCGCCUGCCGCACAUGCCAAUACUCCGAAGAAGCAACCUCGUCUUGUGUCUUCCGCAACGUGCUCAACAACGCUGUGGGUGAGACAGCUGGUGUCACGCAGGAUGUUGGAUCGGAUCCAACUGUGGGUCUACCUCUCUGUUUGUUGUGUGGCGGCGUUGUGAUGUGUGAAGGUCGAGUACAAAGCACGCAAGUGGAUGAGUUGAGCAAGAAGGAAGGGGAGCAAGCUGUUGUUUCUCUUCCACGCUCGAAUAAAACUUGCCCCAAGUGCAAGACGGAGGAUGCGGUGUUCUUCCAGUCUCAACAGAGAUCUGCGGAGACAGGAAUGAAACUCUUUUAUGUUUGCUGUGGUUGUGGUCACAUCUUUUCAUGA